GUCAGAAAAAUAUAUAGAUAGUGAAAUCAAAUGAAUUCUUGAAUAUGAAUAUCUCUUCACAAGAAAACCAAAAUAAUAAUUCUUUUAUUUACCCUUUUUCAUCUUCUCAUUCUUCUUCUAUGCAAAUGGUAUAUUCAGACCUUGGAUCUCUCUCUCUUAGUUCAACUUCAAACUAUGGUGGUGUAGUUUCUUCAAGUUCAUCAAGAUGGAGUAAUUCUUUUCCAUUUAUGAGAGAGUCGUUUGUUUCUAAAGGAUUUGAAGAAGAAGAACAAAAAAUGGAUGAUGAUGAUAUUAUGGAAGGAAAAGGUUCUUAUUGUAGUGAGGAUGGAGAAAAUAGUGAGAAAACAAAUCAUGAUAUUAUUAACUUCAAUGAUGAGUUAGAGAACCCUAAUGGAAGUGGUAAAGAAGAAGAUAAUGGACAGUCUAGUAAAUGUGCUAGAGGACAUUGGAGACCUGCUGAAGAUUCUAAGCUUAAAGAACUUGUUGCUCUUUAUGGUCCUCAGAAUUGGAAUCUCAUAGCUGAAAAUUUGGAAGGAAGAUCUGGCAAGAGUUGUAGGCUAAGAUGGUUCAAUCAAUUGGAUCCAAGAAUCAAUAGAAGAGCAUUCAAUGAAGAAGAGGAAGAAAGACUAAUGCAAGCACAUAGAAUUUAUGGAAACAAAUGGGCCAUGAUAGCAAGACUAUUCCCAGGAAGAACAGACAAUGCUGUAAAGAAUCAUUGGCAUGUUAUAAUGGCAAGAAAGUACAGAGAACAAUCCAGUGCAUACAGGAGAAGAAGAUUAAGCCAAAAUGUUUACAGAAGAAUGGAUCAAAAUCCAAGCUUUAUCUGCAAAGACACUAACACCACAACAAUGGAAACAGAAUCAUCAACACCUUAUUUUCUAAAUGGAGCCCCACUUGGAAAUAGUAUGUCCAUUUUCCCAUAUGCUACUUCUUUCCAACAUGGUGUUCAUGGUGGUGGGGUUGAUUAUGGUUUAAAUGUUUUACCUCACAUGAGUGGUGAGAGAGAAGCUAUGAAAGGACCCCUACAUGUUGGUCUCUAUGCUCAACAAGCACCAUUUGAUUUCUUCUCUGGUGGUAGAAAUAAUGGCAUGGUGAUGAAAGAGUCUUUCAAUCAUAACAAUUAUUGGGAUGGAACAAAUGAUGAAUAUCAACAACAUCAACAACUAUCUAGUUUCUACCAUCAUUAUCCUCAACAACAAUAUCUUAUGUCAAUGCAACAACAAAACAAUCACAAUUUUUACAAUUUCUCAAAUUCAUCAGCAUCAUCAACACAUCAUCAUCAUCAUAAUGGAGAAAACAGUGAAAAAGUUGUAAUUGGUGACACCCCAGAUGCAGUUCAAACUCCUCCUCAAUUUUUUGACUUCCUUGGAGUAGGUGCUACAUGAUCUUGAAAUUAGUCCAAAAAAAGCUGCAGAAUUUUCCACGGAAAUUGCUGAAUAUAGGUGUGGUCCAACAUAAAUGAGAAGUCAUUCAAGGGGCAAAUAGAAAGGAUAGUUGGGUUUAGUUUGGUGGUGACUGUGUAAACCUUUGCACCAUUUGUGUUGAUAAUGAUGUCACACUUUUUGUUACUCACAUGGGAACCCUUUUCUAAAAAUAUUUAUUUCAAAUUAAUAAUCAGAGUUUAAUUUAUUUUAUUAUAAUAU